UGUUACGUAAAACAUGGUGUUUCCUGUUUCCUCUGACAAAGGUUCCCAUCUUAUAUCAGUCUGUUAUUUAACCCACGCCGUUGAGCUGCCGACUGUUUGUUGUUGUUCCAGUUAUUAACAACACCGUUAAACUGUGGCCACCACCGUAACUCCCGGUAGACAAGAUGAGAUUGCCACUGCAGAUCCUCACAUUGCACGCUGUGAGGAGGGCCUCCUCGGUCCCUGCAGGGAUGGUGAGCUUUGUCCCGGCCUGCAGCACGGCUGACGCCCACUCCCUGGAGCUGCUGCAGGACUUUGUGUCCCGAGCCAGACGCCUGUUUGUCAUCACCGGAGCAGGACUGUCCACCGAGUCGGGGAUCCCUGAUUACCGCUCAGAGGGUGUGGGCCUGUAUGCUCGGACCGACAGAAGACCCAUGCAGUAUUCAGAGUUUGUCCGCAGUGCAAAGGCCCGCCAACGCUACUGGGCCAGAAACUUUGUCGGGUGGCCGCAGUUCUCUUCACAUCUCCCAAAUUCUGCACAUAGGGCCCUGCAGCGGUGGGAGGAGAGGGGGAAGCUGCACUGGCUGGUGACACAGAAUGUGGAUUCUCUUCAUUCUAAGGCCGGACAAAAAAGACUGACUGAGCUUCAUGGCUGUGAUCACAGGGUGAUGUGUCUUGGCUGUGGGGCAGUCUCAGAGAGGGAGGAGUUGCAGGCGAAAUUCAUUGCACUAAACCCAGAAUGGAGGGCGCAGACGAGCGGCGUGGCUCCGGACGGGGAUGUGUUCAUCGAGGACGAGCAGGUCCUCCAUUUCAGAGUCCCCUCCUGUGAGGCAUGUGGAGGGAUACUGAAGCCCGAGGUCACCUUUUUUGGAGACAAUGUGAACAAAGCAACAGUACAGUUUGUGCGCGACCGGCUGGCAGAGUCAGAUGCGCUGCUCGUCGCAGGGUCAUCGUUACAGGUAUAUUCAGGAUACAGGUUUUUACUGGCAGCGGGUGAUCGGAAGAUGUCGGUCGCCAUCUUGAACAUCGGGCCUACGAGGGCAGAUCACCUGGCUGAACUGAAAGUGAGCGGCCGCUGCGGUGAAGUGCUGUCAGCUAUUCAUUCUGUCUGACUGUCAUGGACAUGCAGUUUGGAUAUUCUACGUUAAAAUGGAAAUGGACUACUUUUCAACCCCCCUGUAACCACAUUGUCUGUUGCUAAUUUCAGCUGGUCAGAACUACCUCAGACUUAAACAUGUCAACAACAUAAUUCACUUCAUAAACGGUUUUGAAUUUUUUUUGUGUAAUGUCAAAGGAGAAAGAGGCAUUUCCACUUCUCCUCCAAAGGAAAUUGCUGCUAUUAUCAGUACAUCAGUAGAGUAAAACCUGAAACUUCUAAUCACCUAUUUUAUGCAGUUUACAAGUAAAAGGAAAGUUGUCUUUAAGAUUCGAUUUCUCUGCACACAUCAGAUUGGUAUCACACGAUCAAUGUCUCAACCAAGAUAAACAGAAAGUCUGUAGUGAGGAUUGCUGCUGUGGGUUUUGGCAUAAUACAAAAUGUGCAGUAGAUCACAAAGUAUGUGUCGUGACAUCUGGAAGUCCAGGCUCUGUUGUACCCUAAUGCUGUUUUGAUUUAAAUUAAAUAAUCUAAACGUAACAAUUUAAAUAUGCUUUCUGGUUUGCAUUAAACCCAACCACAAGGUUAUUCGACAAUGUUUUUGGAAACAUAUUUAAAAUAUACAUAAUGUACUGCAAUCAGCUGAUUUUAAAAGGUGUAAUCUG